UUCAUGCGAUUUACUCUCUGAUGACAGAGCGGUUCUAGCCAAAAUGGCUGGUGCAAUGUUAUUCGAGAGGGCCCGUGCUGUUUCCAGCACAAAUAGAGAAGAAGGUAUUGAUUUGCUGAAUAAAAUUGUGCGGGAUCAAGAAAUUGCCGAGAAUGACGAAGAUACCAUCCGAGUUAAGGAGCAAGGCAUCUUGCAACUUGGUGAGCUGUACAAGAAGGAAGGUAAAGCUAAGGAGCUUGCUGACCUAAUCAAAGCAACUAGACCUUUUUUAAGCCAUAUAAGCAAAGCCAAGGCAGCAAAAUUGGUGAGAUCACUUGUUGACUUUUUCUUAGAUUUAGAAGCUGGCAUAGGAAUAGAAGUGCAGUUGUGUAAAGAGUGUAUAGAAUGGGCAAAAGAAGAAAGAAGAACGUUCUUGAGGCAAUCGCUGGAAGCUCGGCUCAUAGCCCUGUACUUCGACACUGGCAUGUUUUCAGAAGCUUUAUCUCUUGGAUCUACUCUGCUAAAGGAGUUGAAGAAACUGGAUGAUAAAAAUCUGCUUGUGGAAGUCCAGCUUCUGGAAAGUAAAACAUACCACGCUCUAAGUAAUCUUCCCAAAGCACGAGCAGCACUUACAUCAGCAAGAACAACGGCAAAUGCUAUUUACUGCCCCCCAAAGUUGCAAGCAUCAUUGGAUCUGCAGUCUGGGAUUCUUCAUGCUGCUGAUGAAAAGGACUUCAAGACAGCAUAUUCUUACUUCUAUGAAGCAUUUGAAGGUUACGACAGUGUGGAAUGCCCAAAAGCGUUGACAGCUCUCAAGUAUAUGUUACUUUCGAAAAUAAUGCUGAACAAUCCUGAAGACGUACAUCAAAUUAUAAGUGGUAAAUUGGCGUUGAAGUAUGCAGGCAAGGAUAUAGAGGCAAUGAAGUCUGUGGCUCAAGCCAGUCACAAGAGGUCACUUGCUGAUUUUCAACAUGCUCUUAAAACCUAUAAGAAAGAGUUAGAAGAUGAUGUGAUUGUGCGUGCACAUUUAGGAACAUUGUAUGACAAUAUGUUAGAACAAAAUCUUUGCCGUAUUAUUGAACCAUAUUCCAGAGUUCAAGUGGAAUACAUAUCUCAGUCUAUUAAACUCCCAAUGCAACAAGUGGAGAAGAAAUUGUCGCAGAUGAUCCUUGACAAAAAGUUUCAUGGUAUAUUGGACCAAGGUGAAGGUGUUCUUAUUGUGUUUGAAGACACUCCAGUGGAUAAGACAUAUGAAACAGCUCUAGAAACAAUACAUAGCAUGGGAAAGGUGGUGGACACUUUGUACCAGAAAGCAAAAAAACUGUCUUAAUUUCCAUGUGCUAUAGAUGUAAAUUAAGUUCUUCAGAUGUAAAUAAAAAUCAGUUUUUGUGAACGCAGUUAUGUUAAUUUAAUUCUUGGUUAAGCAUGUUACAUUUACAUUUUUUAUUGUACCACAUCAUUCAUUGUCUUGUUCAUUCUUUGUUUGCUACAGUGUAACAAAUUAACUGUUCUAAGAUCACAUGAAUUCAGUUGCCUAUGGGAAUUUUCCAAUAAAUAACUUUUGUAUCUCUUCAUA